AUGUCAUCAUUUCCUGGACCUUCGUCGUCACUGUGGCCGUCUUUUCUUCUCCCAGCCAUCACCAUCCCUUUUCGCCAACGACGGACAGCGACAGAUAACGACGGUGUAGACUCACCGCCCUCGCUCAGCUCAUCCGUUGAGUCCGCGACGUCAUCAAUUGUGCCGCCGGCGACCGCCACCCUCCGCUGCGUGCACUGCUCCACGGAAUUCGCCUUCAACUCCCAGGUAGUUUCCAAGGGCUUCACGGGGAGGCACGGGCGGGCUUACCUCGUGGCGCCCCCGUCCUCGCGUCCGACGCCGACGUGUCCGGCUACCGACACCCAGUCCACCAACCUGGUCAACGUCAGCAUCGGGCGUGCCGAGUCCCGUCGCCUGUCUACGGGUGCGCACGUGGUUGCCGACAUCAACUGCCUGCGGUGUGGCAUCAAGGUCGGCUGGAAGUACAUUGACGCCAGGGAGCCGUCGCAAAGAUACAAGAUUGGCAAGUUUAUUCUUGAGACGUCGCACGUGGUGGUGUUUCGGGACUGGGGCGCGGAGGAUGACGCCCAAGACACCUCCACCGACCGCGUGGUCAUGGAUCGGCUUGAGCAGCAUCGGGACUCGGUAGAGUUCGACUCUGAGGAUGAGGAUGAGUGCGAUGAGCUUUUCUCGGGAACCUGGGAUCCUCAGACGAGCGCCAUUAGAAAGAGGGCGAAGGAGGAGGCCUCGGCUCGUCUGUCCAGGACGCGGAUGGAGCUUGAUGCUGCGAGGGCCAAGCGAUGA